AUGUGUAUGCACGUUGAGGGGCUGCCCGAGGCGUGGCAAAGACUUCGGGAAGAUGCAUCAGCUCUAAAAUCCGGCUGGGAUGCCCAGAUCGCUCAGCUGUCCAAGGAGAUGAUCUCCAAGGACCUUCAGCUUCAGUCGCUGCAGGAAGAGGAGGUAGAACUCAAGGCACAUCUGGCCAGAUGCCAGCAGGACAUCGGAAGGUACAAGCAGCAGCUGUCCGCGGCCGCGGAGAGGGAGCGGUGCCUGGAGCGCGAGAAGACGCAGCUGCAGCUGGACUGGCAGCAGCGCUGUGACGGUGUGGAGAGGGCCCACUACCGCAAGUCUGAGGACCUAAUUCAGGCCCUGACCGAGGCGCGGGAUCAGGUUGCUGCCAAGCUCCAGGAGACAGAGCGGACGCUGCGUGACCAGGAGGUGGUGCUGAAGGCCUUGACCCUGGAGAGAGACCAGGCCGUGCAGGCGCUGAGGACACAGGGGCUCCUUCCUGAGAAGGAGGUGCAGAUGCUCCUAAGGCAUCACGAGGAAGAAAUAAGGGGAAGUUUUCCGUCUAGUGAGAUCCAGAGGCUCCAGGAGCAAAACACAAGCUUACGAAGGGCUGUUUCAGAGAUGAGGAAAGAAAUGGAGACCCUGAGUGACCUCGUUCUUCCUGCUGCCCCGUCAGGGGGUCAGUCCUCCGACACAGAGCAGCCCCGUCCAAGCCCAGAGGCAGCAACUGAGGCUCCUGAUCACGUUACAGUCCUUGAAACAGAAAUACGAAACCUAAAGCAUAAAUUUAAAACCUUGGAAGAACAAGUAGAAGAUGUGUUAGAUCCUUCCAAGAGGCCCUCCUCUUACACCGACUUUCAGCCCAGCGUCUGCACCUCGGCCGGAGUCCCCGGAGGAGCCGUGUCAGCUGAUGGUUCACCCAUUGGGCUAGCCCUCAGGAGGCUCAGGGACAGGGCACAUCUCACAAACUUCCUGGUGGCCCGGCUCAGGCGGAAGCUGCUGCAGCGACCCCUGGACAUGGACACUGUCCAGCACGAGCUUCCCCGGGAGGUGGGCCAGGUGCACCUGGAGGUUUCAGAGCUGCGGAAGCAGGUGGCUGAGCUGGAGGAGCAUCUCGGGAGCAGGCCGCAGUUGCAAGCCUUGGACAAGGUGGCCCCUGGGAAGGAGGUCCCUGCAGACCAAGGACCCACAGGGGCAGAGGACCAAGGGCCACAGCCCCCACAGGCCUUGUCUGUGCCCCAACUCCAGAGGAAACUAAAGGAGGCAGCUCGAAAAAUCCUCCGCCUCUGCCUGGAGAAAGAACAGCUCCUGGAGAUGGGGAACAGGCUCCGUGCAGAGCUGGGCCACCAUGCCCCAGAGGCAACACAGAAUCUCUACAGUGACUUGCAGAUCAACUCGGCACAAAGAAAACCGGUCCCCAAAGCCACGCCCAGCUCAAGAGUCCCACAGGGAAAGUGGGCACCGCACCGGAAGCUCCUCAUCAGCGGCCAGCGGUCCCCUCCAGGACACGUGGAAGUUACUGGACCUGGGAUCCAGCCCCUCUGGCCUCACCUCCCAGGACGACUCUGCACCAGUAGAGUUCACGGCACGUCCAGCAGCCGACAGCCUCGGACACCCGGACAGGAGCCCCGUGGGGACACGGGCAGCCUUUGCCAUCGAAGGGAUGAAGAUGGAAGCACAGGCAAAGGCCAAGCCCACCAGACCCUCCAGGGCUCACCCUGCAAAAACUAAAGGCUGCCAGAGACCCCCCAAGAUCCGUAACUACAAUUUGAAGGACUGACUUCUUGAGACUUCCUUCUCCCACGCCCUCCCCCUUCCCCUCCCCUCCCGUGUUGGUGCUUGAGACCUGCGCUUUCACCAUGCAUCAGGGGGGUGUGUGUGCAAGCACCCACAUGUGCACGAGGGGAGUGCGAGUGCGUGUGUGCGCGCACAGCUGCAGAGCGGCUUCCCCAGGCUCUGACCGACCCAGAGCCAUUAAAGCCCCUGCCUCCGGUGCUCUCGCUGGGCCCUGGAGUUACUGACCUGUCCUACAGUGCCCCAGUGACAUGGGGAAGGAAGCCAGGAGGGCCCCCGGGGGCGGGGGUCACAGACAGCGCGGCCUGAUGAGGGUGUGGGGGCACGGGGAGCAGAAUGCCCACCCACAAAGUAGGCGUUUCCCCACAGAGUGCUGCACGUGGGAGGGGACCUCCUGGAAGAAGGGAGAACGGGGGUUCUGGGUGAGCCAGCGGCCAGACCAGAGGCCUGCUCCCCUGCUCAUGUCAUGUCAUGAUGGGGUGGGGGUGGCACUUCCAGUGCUCGUUGGCCCCGUGAGACCAACCCAGCGGGUCAGUCUGGAGCCUUCCACGUCCACACCCCCCCCCCACCGCGUAGGACAGUAGUGGGGCAUCCCUGACAGCUAGAUGCCUGGGGCCCGGCACCUGAUACCCUUGCUCCAAGUACCACAAAACCACACCCACACUUCCCCACCCGAAAAACGUCUCAUAAAUUCUAACCACACAGGGGCGCCUGGGUGGCUCAGUUGUUAAGCGUCUGCCUUC